CGACUCUUUGUUGUAUUCAAAAUAACCAAGAUGUCUUGGCAAACGAAAGUCAUUGCUCUCGGCCGAAGGCCAGCUCUCAACGGAACGACAACGUCAAGUACUUCAUUCUGUCAAAACAUGAAAAUAUGUGUGGCUAGUCCCACGCUUGUUCACCGGGGUCUACAUCACAAGGUAUACCACCCUGCUCCAAAAUCAUUAAGCAGAAGGAAUCCUCUUCCCUGCCAUGUGUUAUUCACGUCUGCUGCACCAUUAAGGCACAUCAGUUCCGGCGUCAUUGAUAAAAUGACGGACGUAGCUGACUUGAUGAUUCAAGAGCCUUCUCUGGGAUCUCUAGGCAUUGGCCACUUUUGGACACCGUGGGGUUUGGCGCAGCAAUACAUUGGACUCCUUCACACCGGCAUGGGCCUCCCAUGGUGGGCGUCCAUCGUGACCAGCCCAAUAUUGAUUAGAGCUUGUCUCUUUCCACUUCUCUGGCAAGCCCAGAAGGACUACCACCGCUUCGAAACUGAAGCAAAGAGAUUAACUCCUGACAUCGAGUACGAAAGGUUUUACUAUGUGCUGAAAGAGAACGCCGCUCCUCGUAAGCUGUUCGUGGCCAACGGUGCGGCCUUGAUCCUCAUGCUCUUUGCCAUUAACGGGAUGGCCACCUGCCCUGUCCCUAGUUUCACCCACGGGGGCUUGCUGUGGUUUAAGGACCUCACCUCUGCCGACUAUGUUUUCGGAUUACCACUGGUUACUGCGCUGGCGACAUUGCAGGCCAAGCCAAUAUCCAGGUUCUUCGGAAAGCCAAAAUUCAUUAACCACCAGACUUUUGGUUCGAUUUUCACAGCGGUGCUUUUCGCCUUUGUAACAAAGAUGCCGUCGGCCGUGCUGCUCUAUUGGUUGAGCCACAACUGCAUCUCAAUUAUGCAAAAUGAACUCAUGAAGAAUGCACGCGCACGUGAAUUUCUAAAACUUCCGCCAAAUCCGGGAGCUCAGUAGGACUGAUGACCACACGUUUUUUAAAAAGACUGUUGUUAGUUUAAUUUUAUUUUUUGACAACUUUGCGGUUUUUAAACAAUAUUUGCAUAUACCAAAUUUUAUAUUUUCGUACUUUGUUUUAAAAAAAGUUAUUCUUAUCCUAAUUCAUUUCAAGUUACAUUGCUUCAUAAUCAUAGCCUAUGGGGGCCGGGGGUGGGUGCUACUUACUAAUAAUCAUAUCACAAU